AUGGACUCCGCCUCUUCCACCGGGGCCGACGACUCCGAGCGUGGCCGGCCGUUGACACGCGCGGGCAUCGACGACGGGACCGGUUUCGCCCCCAGUUUCUUUGAGCGUGCCACUGCUGCCGCCAGAGCCGCCAACCUGGCGGCCAACAGCCGUCGUGGCAGCUCACCUAGCUCGUUCGACGAGCGUGAAGUUUCCUCCCCCACCUCUCGUGGCUCUUCUGGACCCUCAGCCCGCUUAGCCCGCUACUCCGCUGCCCCGUCACCAGAUGCCGGCCCCAUCUAUUCUCCCGAUCUUCGAGAUUCCAAUUUACCUUUUCCUUCCUUUCCUCCACCUCCUCCUGCAGCUAACCCACGCAACACGGCGCCCUACGGCUUCAAUUAUCCUCCUUAUACUGCUUCCAACAACAAUAACAGGAACGAACACUCGGUGAAACCUUACCUCGAGCGCGACGGACGAGAUCCGGCGGAUUUACGACAUUUUGAGGGGUGUAUCCGUGAACAAGGGUACGCGCUUCGCCCUUUUAUGGGCAAGUUAUCGACGACAGAUGGCUGGGACUAUGAAAUGGGGUUGAAGGCAUUGCCGGAGUGCUUGAUUGCAGACAAGGAAUGUUGGCGGGCAUUGGAUCCGUCCAAAACGGGGGCGAAGGAGGGAUUUGGACGUCCCAAUUUUGACGUGUGGGUGGACAAGAAGUUUACGAGCGUUGUGCUGUGUGUGGCGGAUAAGAGGAACAAGUGUAGGGGGGUCAUAGUGCGGUACAGGAUUGAUGAGAGGAUGCAUGAGGUGAAGGAGGCGGAGGGGCUGGAUCUUGAUUUGGGUAUCGAUGUGGAUACGAGUGGGAAGGGGGCUCCGGUUUGGAAGAAAGGGGUGCUGGGGUUGAAGGUAAUUGACUUUUGGAGGCCGGGAGUGGGGGAUAAGGAGUUGCAGGCUGCGCUAGGAGAGACGACCAGUGGUGUCUUUGGACUACUCAGGGACGUGGAUGCUAUUCAGAUUCACGGUGGCGCGGGGCCGUCGAUGAGCGGGAAUGUGGAGUAUCCGAUCGAUGCGAGAAUGAGAAGGUACUUGGACAUGGAGGAGAAUGUCCAAAGGCUCGCGAUGGAGCUGGGGUAUGAGCAAGUAAGUGAGGAGCAAAAGCCAAUGGGUGUGCGGUGGGUGUUGGAAUUUCCGCGAGACGCGUUGGGCGACUUAUUCGAAAUUAUGGACAAGUUGUCGAGGAAAAAGCUUGAGGAGAAAGUAUGGAAGGAGAGGGAGAGGAAAAUCGAGUUUGAAAGGUGCGCAAAGGAGGAAGAAUUCAAGGUUAUCAAUGAGGCUGGCGCCGGCGGAACAAAGUAUGUGGAGGAUGUGAGCGCGGAUAUGGAUUUCAAGGACAUGGCCAUGCUUAAUGAGAUGGAACGAUGGGGCCUCCGAAAGGUCCGCACCAGGGCCGACGACGCCAGACGCCGGAACAGUGGAGGCGGCUUGGGACCAGUGCUGUUUUCUGCUAGCCCCUCGCCGUCGGGCAGCGUAAACUCUGACACGGAUCGCAGCAUAGUGCUUCCUUGGGAGGAAAACCCCGGGUCGCGUGGGAGAGCUAUCUUGCGAUACAUCGAGAGAGAUAGCCCAGAGUCUGGGGAGGUGGACGGAACCCGGUCGGAAGACGCUAUCCCCGAGCAGUCAACCAUGUUGGAGCACAAGGAGAGCAUCAGUCCAAAGCCCGGCCAAGAGGAGGAAAGCAGGUCGGAAGGCGACAGCAUGUCUAGCCCGGAAAUCGCAACACUCUUCAAGGACAAGCAGUCUUCGGAUGAUGAGAUGUUUCCAGAUGAAGAGUCUCCCUCGGAAGACGCCGACGACGAGGGAGACAGAUAUCACCUCUCUGGGUCUAAUAGUCCGGAGAACAAGCCGACUCUUGUUGAACACGUUGGUGUCGAUAACGAAAACGUUGAGGGUUCUCUCGAUGGAAAUAAGGAUGUCGAUGUUAGUGUCAGGCCUGUUGAUCCUUCCGAUGAGGAUUCUCCUCAUGACGACUCGGAUGAUGAGGCUGUCGACUUGGCGGCUUCUGGCGACGAAAACGAUGUUGAGUAG